UUCAAUCACAAUUGCAGCAAAAGAAGUUUGAACAAAGCUUGAGGAAGAUGGAGAAGAAACCAAGGAGGAUGCUGAAUUCUUUAACAUUAGGAGGCUGUUUGCUUCUUAUCACUUUGAUUUAUGCAACCUUUUUUGCAUCAAAAGAUAUCCCAUUUGAAUCAUGUAAUCAUCUUCUUCUCUAGGAUUUUUUUUGUUUUUGUAGUUUUCUCCUUGAUUUGGGCUGAUCUCGUGUUCUCUUGGAAAUUCAGGGAGGAACCAGAUGACAGACUGGAGCGGGAGUUCCAUCAGGGAAAAUGUAGAUAAAGACAUCCUUGGAGAAGUUGAUUCUCAGGAGUUUCAGUUGAGAAGACUUGUGAGAGGUUGUUUGUUCCUAUCAAAGUCAAAUAUUAUGACUUUAUUUCUCUCUAACUUCUCUUUUCUUAUUGUUUCUGAUGUUGAUGUUCAAUGAAACAGGAGAUGAUCGAACCACAUUUGAAUCUGAGAGAUUUUCUUGCCACUCAGAUUUUCACACGGAUGUCUGUAUUGCAGAUAGACAUGUCAGGAUUGACACCAAAGCUUUGAAAAUUUAUAUUCCCUCCAGUUCAAAUCAAUCCCAAGCUGAAAGACUUGUCAAGCCAUAUCCAUUGAAGGAAGAUGCAAAUGCGAUGAAAACUGUCACAGCAGUGCAGAUACUGAAGGGAAAUAUCACCCCACCUGUUUGUGAUUUCACUCACAAUGUCACAGCUGUCAUCUUCUCUUCUGGUGGCUUCGUUGGAAACAUGUAUCAUGAAUUUGAUGAGAUUAUACUCCCUUUGUUCCUCACUUGCCUCCAUUUCCAGUCACGCCUCAAGUUCAUCAUCACUGAUUACCAGUCAUGGUGGGUAAGGAAGUACAACCGGAUUCUAGAUAAAUUAUCCCCUUAUGAAGCAAUAGAUCCAGCAGCAGAUGGCAGAGUUCAUUGCUUUCCAGGAGCUGUCAUAGGGCUCAUGUACCAUGGCCAUCUAACCCUCAAUGUCACAGAAAUUCCAGGAGGGUAUUCCAUGUUUGAUUUCAGGAAAUUCCUCAAAGAAUCAUACAAUCUGAAAAUAAAAAGCGUUUCAGAGGUCAAAAGGCCAGUGUUGGUGCUUAUAUCUCGCCCAAAAACUCGAAGGUUUUUGAAUGAAAAUAAGAUGGUGAGGCUGAUGGAGGAAUUGGGCUUUCAGGUUGUGGUGGUUCUGCCUGAUAUGAUGUCAAACUUGGACGAGUUUUCCAGGGUGGUUAACUCCUGCACCGGUAUUGUUGCUGCUCAUGGUGCCGGCCUGACAAGUGAGCUGUUCUUGCCUGCAGGUGCAGUGGUGGUUCAGGUGGUGCCACUGGGACUCGAGUGGGCUUCGACUACCUACCAUGGGAUGCCAGCAAGCGAAAUGGGUCUGAAAUACUUGGAAUACAAGAUAGAACCAGAGGAGAGUUCUCUCAUCAACACCUAUGCAAGAGAUGAUCCCGUCUUUACUGACAUACCCUCAAUAAUGGCUAAAGGAUACUUUUCUUUCAGGGCCAUUUAUGUUGAUGGUCAAGACCUAAACAUAAACCUAACCAGGUUUAGGGAAACCCUUGCGGAAGCAUCGCAAAUUCUUGGAUUGUCAGCUCCUUGAAUUGAAGAACAUGAGUCAAGAUACGAUCACCAGUAAUCAUCCUCUAAUGUCCUGCAUAAAAAAUCAGUGAAACAACAUUCUGCACAAGAACCUAUGUGAAAAAUUCACCCUAAAUUCAUUUUUCCCCAGUCUGUACCUGUGAAAUCCUAUGGUGU